GCACCUCAUUCCUGCUGUGCCAUCUGCCCAAUCUCUGCCUCUGCUUCUUUAUCCACUAAGUUUUGCGUCUGGCCGGCAAGAGGCAGGCGCAGGACCUUCUAGUUCAGCAUUUGAGCUCUUGGCCUCAUUUAAAUUUUAUUACCAUCAUAUCAAUUCUUUUUACACAUUCAGCUGCGACAUCAGACGAUAGCAACAAUGGCUCUGUUAUCGUACUUUCUGCAUUCUCCUCAAUCGCUCUUCUUUUUCUUCCUUUUUCUCAUUUUUAAAGGAAUUUCGGGUGCUACAUUCACGUUCGUGAAUAAGUGUGAUUACACAGUAUGGCCGGGAAUUCUAGGAAAACCAGACAUCGGCAGCACGGGAUUCGAGCUGGCCAAAGGGAGCUCCAAAAGCUUCCAAGCCCCUACGGGUUGGUCCGGCAGAUUCUGGGCCCGAACCGACUGCAAAUUCGAUGAGUCCGGUCGCGGAACAUGUGCCACAGGCGACUGCGGCUCCGGCCAAAUCCAGUGCAACGGCUCCGGCGCCACGCCUCCGGCGACGCUAGCCGAGUUCACACUUGGCUCGUCCGGCUCCCAGGACUACUACGAUGUCAGCCUUGUCGACGGCUUCAACCUGCCGAUGACAGUGGAAGCGAGCGGCGGCUCGGGAUCCUGCUCGGGUACAGGCUGCGUGGCGGAUCUGAACCGGCGGUGUCCGUCAGAGCUGAGGGUGGAGGGCGGCGACGCGUGUAACAGUGCAUGCGGGGCGUUUGGGAAGCCGGAGUAUUGCUGUAACGGAGAGUAUGGUUCGCCGUCGACAUGCAAACCGUCGACGUACUCGGUGAUGUUCAAGUCGGCGUGCCCGAAAUCGUAUAGUUAUGCCUACGAUGAUGCUACCAGUACCUUUACUUGCACAGCUGCCGACUAUACCGUCACAUUCUGUCCUUCUUCUUCCCCAAGCCUUAAGUCUUCGACGGGUUCGUCGCCAGCAGGAACGGAUUCCUCUUCGGGAUCAUCAGUGGAAGAAGGUGCACUCGCCUCGACUUCAUGGCUAGCUAAUAUGGCAACAGGGGCUUCUCCGAGAAAUCAUCAUCAAGGGGCUCCAAAAUCUGCAUUUUUUGUGGCUCUUACUAUCAUUCUUUCCUUUUUAGUGUUCUAGUCUCUGGAAAAAAUGUCCUUUCCCCAUCCCACGACAUCUCGCUUUGUCAUCAUCCUCAUCUACCUUUCUGAGACACAGGAAUAGAUCAAUCACCCACGUCACCGUGGGGUUAAAUUAAACAAUGCUACUGAGAUUAUUCACAUUUCUAUGUAAUUAAUUAGUCAUUCAUGAGUUGCGGAUUUCGUUCUUUAUUGUUUUCCCCACUUUAUGAGCCCUUGAAAGUGAUUAUAAUGUAAACAAUGUGACCAAGUUAUUUUCUAAGUUGUAAAUUUAGCGAGAAGCCUGAGAGAUUGGUGGGUGUUGACGUUUGUGGCC